CACAAGAUGGCGGCUUCCAUGUCCGCCAUUUUGGUGGUUUAAAAACAAAUCGCCAUAAGAGUCAGCGGAUGCGCACCGUUUAUUCAAACGGUCUAGACGGACGACGACGUGAGUUAUAUCAAAGUCAUUAUAGGCGUAUAUAAUGUCAGCUUGGUGAUCGAUAAUAACCUAUUUCGUUCUCGCCGGGGAGAUAUGCUUAUUGACGGAAGGUCUGUACCAAUAACAUCCUCUUCGUUACGUGGUCGUAUUAGUUAUUUGGGUUAGCUAACCUGGCGUUAGAUAGCUCAGGAUUUGGCUGUAAUCGUUCGCUAGAGUUUGUACAGAUGUACUUGAAUUUGGACGCUACAUCCUUAGCUAAGAUAGUUAGCUGGCUACUUUUGAGUAGGCUAUUUCCAGGUUGCUAGGGGUUUUUUGUUUUUUUUUUGGUUCACGAGUUAAAAGAGAUUUCUUUAAAGUCGGAUGGGCAGCUAGCUGUCGCCAACAUCAGGAAUAUUUGGUCCAGUGUUAUGGCUAUUCCAGCUCAUGUGUCCAAGGUGCGCUCAUUAUAUAAGAGAAUACUCUUUUUGCAUCGAUUUAUGCCGAUCGACUUGAGAGCGCUCGGUGAUCAGUACGUGAAAGAUGAAUUUCGAAGACACAAAUCUGCACCUCCGGAAACAGUCAAACUCUUCAUGAAGGAAUGGGAGAACUACAGGGAUACCCUGCAGGCUCAGGUGCUGGAGGCAGCAGGAACCAAGAGUCCCAUGUUUGGGAGUAAGCUGUCCGAACAGAGUCUCAGAGAUUUUCAAGAGGAACAGAUCGGGCAGCUGUACGAGCUAAUGCUGGAGGCUACCAAACCUAACCAGCAGUUCCAUAUCCAGGAAGACAGCCUGCCUAAAUGAGAGCUCGCUAUGGGGAAAGGAGAGGCUCUGAAACUGCUGCACCUCACCAUAUGGGACUGCCUCACAGGGACAUAUUGUGAAUUGAGUGCUGUACUCUUUUAUGACACCAGCUGCCGAUAAGAUAUAAUUAUAUUAGGGUCCUGAUGUGCUGUAGUGUGUGUGUGUGUGUGUGUGUGUGUGUGUGUGUGUGUGUGUGUGUUUCUUUGCUGUAUUUGUGAGAAUGAAAAAAAUUAAAUGACAAAGGUACCUUGACUUUCUGUACCCUGAUUGUUUUCCUGGAAAAGUAUACAGCCAGGCAAAUUGUUAAAGAUAAGCACUUGAGGCAUUUAAAUCUUUCCAAGGAUUUGGAAAAAAGUUUGAAUCAAUAAAGCCUCCUUCACUUUAACUGAAUUACUCCAAUGUCUGAAAAGAUUUGUUAGGCACAGAAUAAUUUUGUUUAUAUACUUGUGUAACUAUCGAAGCUCAACAGUGCAAGGCGUGUCAGCCAUCUGUGAGAGGAUACAUUUUCUCUGCACUGAGCUUUCGCUAACACUGCAAUGAUUUAGCAAAACGGAGUUCUCAGCUAGUCGCUAGGCAGCUAUCUACUGCUACCAUGGUUUCUCACCCUCUCGUUGUAUUCCACUUUGGUGCCAGUUUUUUGCGCUCAUUGUGCUUGAGGUGCUUGAUAUGAAUGGAGUUAGUAAGUAUUGUCAACUGAAUAAUCUUUUUGUAUGCAUAAUUAUAUCCCUUUAUAUUUUUAACAGCAUUUAAAGCAAAACAUCCCUGUGUUCAGUUAUAACUGUGGUGUGAUUAUUGCAUAGAAUUCUGGCUGACUGAGUAUCUGAACAAUCUUAAGCUUCAUCACACAUGCAGUGACUAAAUAUCCAAGAGCUCCUUUAUUAUACACAGAUAAAGUUUCCUUCACAGAAUCAACAUAAACAAGAGCAAAGAAAGUGGUAUCCCCUAAUUUGAACACCACAAGUUUACCUAAAAAAGAAAAGUUGGGGAGAAUGUAUGCUAAUCAUGCUAUUUGUUUUAGUGUGUACCCUGAGUUGCCAGUAUAUUGUUUAGAAAUGGGUGGAUGUACAGCUUGCUGCGAACAGCCUUUUUUUUACCUCAUGCCAAAGAUGCUUGAGACGGUUGAGCUCUGUGCACUGUGCAGGUCACUGAAGCAAUGAAAAUGCCCUGUUUCCUGAAGCUCUCCAUUGACGAUACAUACCUCGGGAAGUGGUGCAUUACCAUGCAGGAGAUGUGUGGUUAAACCAUAGCCAUGGGGUGGAGGAAAUUGGACAACAACGAUGUUCAGACACUCCCUGCUGUUUACAUGUUGUUCAUUGCAUAUCUGCAACAUUAAUAGAUGAAUGUCCCCCACACCGUCACACUGAUGUCAUCAGCCUAGAUUGUUAGAACCAAACAGGAUGCCUCAGUGGACUAAUAUUGCUUGAUCCUUCCAUUAAAUAAAGGAACCGGGAGUCAUUCGGCCAUUCAUGGUUCUUUGCUGGUAUGAGCUGUUUGGCUUUUGUAUGCAUUUGAGAUAAAGUCCCUGAGUCUGAGAUGCCAUUCUGCCAUUGUGGUUUUGCCAUGUGAUUAUUAUUGUUAUACGCAGUCUUGUUUUUUGUUUUUGUUUUUUUUUAUUCUUGCCACAUUCAUUUAAUGUCUGAUCUACAUGCUGUUUCCAAUUACAGGAUCACUACUUACUGGA